GAUACCCUUCCGGUUCUCCGGUCGCCCUGGUCCCGCCCGACGCCGGCCGUGACGAAGACACGCUGGGGUGACCUCACCCUCCAACAUGGCGGCGGCGGUAGAUUAGGGCCGCGGGUCGGAGCAUUCACCGCCGCUGGGGGACCCUGUCGGAAGCAACCGCCGCCGCCGCCUCUUUCAUCUCUUCUGGGGCAGGGGCCAGGGCCAGGUUUUACACAUCCAUAAGUAGACCUUUUUGGAGCCUCACCAGCCAAUUCAAUGGCGUCCUCUUCUACUGUGCCUCUGGGAUUUCACUAUGAAACAAAGUAUGUUGUUCUCAGCUACUUGGGACUGCUCUCUCAAGAGAAGCUGCAAGAGCAACAUCUUUCCUCACCCCAAGGGGUUCAACUAGAUGUAGCUUCACAAUCUCUGGAUCAAGAAAUUUUAUUAAAAGUUAAAACCGAAAUUGAAGAAGAGCUAAAAUCUCUGGACAAAGAAAUUUCUGAAGCCUUCACCAGCACAGGCUUUGACCGUCAUACUUCUCCAGUGUUCAGCCCUGCCAAUCCAGAAAGCUCAAUGGAAGACUGCUUGGCCCAUCUUGGAGAAAAAGUGUCCCAGGAACUGAAAGAGCCUCUCCAUACAGCAUUGCAAAUGCUUCUGAGCCAGCCAGUGACAUAUCAGGCAUUUCGGGAAUGUACACUGGAGACCACAGUUCAUGCCAGCGGCUGGAAUAAGAUUUUGGUGCCUCUGGUUUUGCUACGACACAUGCUUUUGGAAUUGACAAGACGUGGUCAAGAACCUUUGAGUGCACUGCUGCAGUUUGGCGUGACAUACCUGGAGGACUAUUCGGCAGAGUACAUCAUUCAGCAAGGUGGCUGGGGCACUGUGUUUAGUCUUGAGUCAGAGGAGGAAGAAUACCCUGGAAUCACUGCAGAAGAUAGCAAUGACAUUUAUAUCCUGCCCAGCGACAACUCUGGACAGGUCAGUCCCCCAGAGUCUCCAACUGUGACCACUUCCUGGCAGUCCGAGAGCUUACCUGUCUCGCUGUCAGCUAGCCAGAGCUGGCACACAGAAAGCCUACCAGUCUCUCUAGGCCCUGAGUCCUGGCAGCAGAUUGCAAUGGAUCCUGAAGAAGUGAAAAGCUUAGACAGCAACGGAGUUGGAGAGAAGAGUGAGAACAACUCUUCUAAUUCUGACAUCGUGCACGUGGAGAAAGAAGAAGUGCCCGAGGGCAUGGAAGAGGCUGCUCUGGCUUCUGUGGUCUUGCCAGCGGGGGAGCUGCCAGAGGCCCUCCCUGAAGCCCCAGCCCCCUUGCUUCCACAUAUCACUGCCACCUCCUUGCUGGGGACAAGGGAACCUGACACAGAAGUGAUCACAGUGGAGAAAUCCAGCCCUGCUACAUCUCUGUUUGUAGAACUUGAUGAAGAAGAGGUGAAAGCAGCAACAGUUGAACUUACUGAAGUGGAGGAGGUGGUCCCCGCACCGGAACCCACAGAAACGCUGCUGAGUGAGAAGGAGACAAAUGCAAGGGAAGAGAGCCUUGGGGAAGAGCUGUCCCCUCCCGGCGAGAUGAAGCCCCUGCCGCUCUCUGAGGGCAAGUCUAGACUGUCCCCCGCCGGCGAGAUGAAGCCCCUGCCGCUGUCUGAGGGCAAGUCUAUACUGCUGUUUGGAGGCGCUGCUGCUGUUGCCAUCCUGGCAAUGGCCAUCGGGGUAGCUCUGGCUCUGAGAAAGAAAUAGAAGGCUUUUCAGGAGAAACAGACAGAAGGAUGUAAGGUUGGAGUUGUACUGGCUGGAAUUUGAACCUCCAGCAGCUGUCUGGACAUUUGUGGAACACUCUGGGAUAACUGGGGACUUCUGCUCAAUGUGGCAGUGGCAUGUUAGGCGUGUUAGGGCUUGAGGUGGGGCGUUCACAUUCGUCUGACUAAAUCCCAAGGGCCUCGGCUCCUGCUAAAUUGAGAACCUUAGGGGUAAAGCCCCCCUCCAGGACAGGGUUUCCCAGCCUUGGCACUAGUAAUACUCUGAUCAUUUUCUGUGGUGGGAUGUUCAGCAGCAUCCCUGGCCUCCACCCACUAGAUGCCAGUGGCACCCCCUCCCAGAGAUGACAACCGAAAAUGUCUCUAGACAUUGCCACAUAUCCCCUGUGAACAUCCCCUGUGGAGAUCCACUGCUUUAGCGGAGGAGGGUUUACUUAGAAAGAAUUGGGAUAGGAAUUCCCAGCUGAGAGAGCUUAGCUGUGUGCUCCUCAGCUACUGACUCGUUAGCUCUUAAUCCCCUUAGAAUUUCAUCUUUCCUGAUGAGCAGGCUGGGCUCUGCACCUACUCUUUUUUUGCCCCCCCCCCCCCGCCCCUCAUCCUGGAGUGUGAGGGUGCUCGCCCGUACUCUCAGCUGCCUCUCAGGGACUGCACUGUUCCUCUUCGCCCCCGGGUUCCUGCUAAGAUCCCAUGGGAGGAGGGUUGCUCUGGACUUCUGCUCAGACCUGUCCAAGUCCCCGAAGCUUCCUGCAGCUCCACCUUGUAAAAAUGCUGCCUUUGGGAAUCUUUGAAAUAUGUAUACAGAGAAAAUAACAUGAAAGAGAUCUGGGGUCCCCACUUGUGAGUGCAAUUGCAAGUAAGUCUGGCUACAGAGACACAUUUGUCUUGUGUCAAGGCAGGAGGAUAACCCGGAUGACCUUCUGAGGUCUCUUCAGCACUUUUCAUCAGUGGUCACCCACCACUAUGGUUAGUUGCCAGCAACAUCUCUGUUGCUGGAUGGUCACUGUCUUUAAUCCUGGGCUAGUAUGUUUUUUCUAAUAUGUGACCUCAGUCUUACUACUGACCAGUUCUAUGGGUCUCUUGCUAGGUGGUAAGGAUUUUUAUUCUUGGGCUUUUAGAGCCAGUUAGAUCAUAACUCAUGAAAUAUAGAGUGUCCUAAAUAUCACUGAAAUAAAAAGUAGGAAAAAGAAGCUUGAAUUUUAAGACUGAGGCUGCUCUGCGGAUUCUAGUUUGGCUUUCAGAGUUCAAGAAUGGCAGCAUCUUCACCUGCAUUCUUCAGUGCCAGGGUCAUAAACCAAAAUAGUCCUAAUCAGUAUAUGCUAGUUGAGCAUUGGCAUAAUUUUCUUUCCUCUGGCUGAUCCCAGCCCUAAAGGAAGAGUAGACCUGCAUCUUUCCAUGCCCGAGGGUCCCGACGUCACUAUGCAGGGCACAUGUGGCUUGGUUUAAAAAGGUCAUCUUAGAUUUAUCUUAGUAAAUGUAAUAAAUUAUUUUUUAGAUCCUGAAAUUUGUAAUAAAAAUACUUUACCUACCCUGAUCACAAAACCUGAUGUUUUAAAUGUGCUUUCUUUUUGAAAUUUAUGUUUUCAAAUAAAAUCUCCCUAAAGCAAUACUGUUUAAAAAUUGGUCAAAACCAGGUCUGGGAGUACGUUGGUGUGUCUUUCCAGCUUUAUCGUGUAGCGUGUUUUAGUGUCCCACUGAGGGAGUGAUGUUUUAAGGGUUUUGUGUACUUGGAUUAAGUAAUUAGAGGUGAGUGGGGGAAUGGGAUUAGCGAGGCAACAAUUUUUUUCUUCAUGGGCUCUGAUAGUUGCAUCGGAUUAUUCUGUAUUCUAAUUGCUAUUAUUUGUGUUUGCAUAGGUGAAGAGCAAAAAAAACUGGUGAGUUAUCUUGAUUUUUAAAAAGUGAUAAAAUACUUGGAGUUCCAGUAUUAACACUUGCCAACUCUGGAUCCUCCGCUGGCUGAGCAGAUUCAAGCGCUGAUCGAAGCCAGGUUCAUCUCUGAGCUGCUGAAAGGAGGUGCUCAUGAGGCUUAGGAUAUUUGAGUCUGUGCUGCCCACAAAAGAAUAAGGAAGAAAUGUGGUAUGGAAGCGGCUACUUGCUGCUUUAUUUCCCCACCUGUUGAACACUCAGUCACAGUGAUUUGGCCAGUUGUAUUUUGCUAGGUAAUGGAGCUAGUGUUUUCCAUUGGCUUUCUCUAGGUAACUCUUGGUCAGCUCCUGAGUUAACAGGAUGUGGCAGCAUCCCCAUUCUUCCUUCACUUCCUUACCUCAUGAGGACUGUGCUCCUGCUUUUUGCUCAUACAUUUAAAAAACGAUUUCUCAAGCUCCCCUUCCUUUUUGGGGGAGGAGCUGAUAGUAGGCCAUUCCUGCCUCCAACUUACAUACUCUCUAAGUGAAGGUAAAGGAAAGGUUCAGAAUAAAUCCAACUUGUUUAUAGAAAAGUUCUUAGUCCUUAGACCUCAUCUCAACUGCUCUGUUGAAGGUAAUGAUUUAUUGGGGGCGGGGGGAGAAGAAUGCCAAUUUAUCCCCUCUGUAUUAAAGUGAUAAUUCUGGGCCCACAGAAAUCAGUCAGUACCUACAGUGUGCCUUAAGGGGACUCUCAUUUCCUUCUAGAGAACAUUCUAGAUCAAGAAAUACAACUGUGGACCUUCUGGGUCACCCAUUUCCCCCUCGAGGCAUUCUUGAGACCCUUCUCACCUGCAUUUCUGUCCCAGGGGUACCAGAUGCAGCCACUACCUACCUAGGCUUGUCCUGGGGGAGUGAGCCGUGAACCUGGAGACAUGGCUUUGACUCACAGCUACUAUUAAUUUCCUCAGGCUUUGGGCUGAUUCCCUCAAUAAUAUGAAAGUAAUGCCUGCUCCUUUCCUUUCUCCUGAAAGGUAUGAGAUGUGAACAGUUCAGUGUUUGAAUUAUUUUAAGAGAUGUUUUAUAGAAAUAAAAUGUAGCUAA